AUGGCUUAUACUUCUUUCAUUCUCUUCUUUUUAACCGUUUCUCUAGCUUUGAGCAUGGCAUCAAUGGCCGUCAUGUCCCGACCAUUGGGCACCAGUACUACUAGUACUACCCCAAGCCUCAGGGCUCGAUUAAAACUGGAUGAUGGUGAUCAUGAUCAAUCUCCAGUUAACUGCUGGGACUCUUUGCUUGAGAUCUCUACAUGCAGCGCGGAGCUUAUAAAUUUCUUCUUUAAUCUUGGGGAUCAGGAGAGUACUUAUAAUUUACGCCCCAGCUGUUGCCAAGCCAUCCGAGUCAUUGGAUCACAGCAAUGCUGGCCUGAGAUGUUUGGUUUCCUCGGAUUUACCACGGAAGAGGGUGAUAUUCUCCAGGGCUACUGCGAUGCGCUUGCCCACAUGAUCAAUCCCACAACACCAUCGCCGCCAUCGGUUUCACCUAACAAAAUUAUGCAGACAGAAAACUUGGUUCCUUAA